AUUAUCCUUUCAGUUCCCCUUACCACAUCAUUGUUUGCAUACAUCUUAUCCUCCAUAUGUAUAUCUCCGUGGAUUGAUGAUCACUACUACCACCAAACAUCCGUUCUAUCCUUCUGUCUAGUUCCUGUAAACAUAGACAUAUUUAUCACAUAGUGCUGAACAAAGACUAUCAUUUUAGAUAACGUCUGUUAUGAAUACAUAUAAUAAUCAAUGUUAGAAAGGAUGACGAUGUCAACGAUGAAAGGGUAAAGGAUUGCCAAUACUGUGCCUUCAUUGUCACUGAUUUCACUAUCAAAAGAAGACGAAAGCUGUAAUAGGAGAUCUUUUCCUGAAAUCCAUCAAAUGUUGUUGCUGUUAGAUAAGUAUGUGAAGUAUUAAAGGUAAAAGGUAUCCGACGUUACAAACAGUGGCACUUUAUUAAUUCGAAACCUCGGCGACCAUUUUGAACUGAUUGAGAAGGCUGAAGAGUUGGUAAAGACUUUUUCAUAAACGUUGGACCGUGUCUUUUUCAAACCUUUUUUUGAAAUAUCCUCUAGUAGCCAGGAAGCUAUUGCCUUUGAAAGAUCAAAAAAUUCCAUUUAAGAUGAGUUCUCUUGAUGAAAAGGACAAAGACAAGAAGAACCAGGUAAUUCAUAUCUCCAAGGAAGCUGCCUCUGAUCAUAGUCCUAGGUCAAAAGAUGUCGAAUUUGGAGAAUCACAUCCUUUGGCUGAUGAUGAUAAACUGCUGUUGAGUCUGGGCUACAAGCCGGUCUUCCAACGUAAAUUUUCUUACUUGAGUGUCUUUGGUCAGUCUUUCGGUGCGAUGGGUCUUUGCCCCUCCAUUUCAGGUUCGCUCAUAUUUGCCAUGAAUUGUGGUCCUGGCGGAAUGGUUUGGUCUUGGUUUUUGGGAUGCUUUUGCUUGCUUCCUGUUUCCAUAUCUAUGAGUGAGCUGGCUUCCGCUAUGCCUACGUCCGGUAGUUUGUAUUAUUGGAUUGCUAAACUUUCUCCUCCAAAGUACCGAGCAUUCCUCAGUUGGCUAUUGGGCUAUGUUAGUAUGCUUGCUUAUGGCACCGGUUUCGCUUCCACAGUUUAUGCCGCUUCUUCUCUUCUUGUAGCCGUCAUUUCCAUUGGGAACCCUGGCUAUUCCGCUACAAAGUAUGAACAAUACGGUAUAUACUUAGCGUUCAGUCUGGCUUCCUCUUUUCUCAUUGCUAUGCCGACAAAAUAUUUGGCCUAUUUCAACAAGUUUUGUGUGUUUUUCCAAACUUGUACCGCUCUCAUCGUAAUCAUCAGCCUUGCCGCUUCCUCUAGUUCUCACACCCGGACGAGCGCGAAGUACAUUUUUACCACCUUCAGUAAUUACUCGCAAUGGAAAAACAUGGGCUGGGCAUUCAUCAUGUCUAUUACUACCCCAGUAUGGGUUGUCUCGGGGUUUGAAUCAUGUGCUACUGUUGCCGAAGAAGCUACAAAUCCUUCUGUGGCCGCCCCGAUUGCUCUUAUAUCUAGUUUACUAGCAGCUUUGGUUUUGGGUUUUUGCGUUAUAAUUACCAUUUGUGCUACUAUGGGUUUUGAUUUUGAAGCCAUUAUGAAUAGUCCCACAGGAGAACCAGUCAUACAAGUUUUGUUAAACAAUUUGGGAACUAAUGGCUGUCUUGGGGUAGCCUCUGUCUUGAUUGUUGCUCUUUGCCUUAACUGCUCUUGUUUGUGUAUUGGAGCUACAAGGGAAGUCUUUGCGUUUUCCAGAGAUGGUGGUCUUCCAGGUAGUAGAUACCUUUCUAAAAUUACUUCAAGUGGUGUCCCGAUAAAUGCAAUCAUCGGCGUAGAUAUUUAUACGUUCCUGAUUGGUUUGCUUAUGCUGAUUAAUUCAGCAGCGAUUUCCUCCGUUUUUAACUUGGCUAUUAUUGCUCUCUUUGUUAUUUAUUCUCUUCCUUUUCUGGCAAGAAUCCUAUUUGAUCGUUUUCAACCAGGUAAAUUUUAUUGUGGAAGGUUUAGUAAACCGCUGGCAAUAUUUUCGGUUGCCUGGCUUUGGUUUAUAGCUAUAAUGCUUUUUUUUCCAAGCUAUCAACAUCCAAACAAGAUGGAAAUGAACUGGGCCAUUAUUGUUUUCAUAUUUGUUUGUCUAUUCUGUGUUGUAUAUUACUAUUUCCCUAAAUAUGGAGGUAAAACAUUCUUUCAGGGACCGGUGAAAACAGUUGAAAGCAAUGAAGAUCCCUAUUACUAGUUUUGUCUUCUUUUAGUCCUCCUUAACUCACGUUUGUAUAUGUAUUUAUAUGUUAAUUCUCAUAAUUCAGAUUCUAUACCCAUUUAAUAUACGUUUAAUUCUAGAUGCAUGUUCUUUACUUUAUAUUUUUUUACAUAAAUCGCUAUUCUUGUUAGCUACACAUGGUAUGCGAAAUAGUCAAAUAAUUUUA